AUCAUCGUCUGUGUCUAUUGCGCGCGCUACGGAACGGCGUUUUGGUGGAGCGUGGCGGCGGAAUCUAUGGAAGAAUGCUUGAUUUGUGGACAUCCUUUUGCAAGAAUCCUUGCCUUCUGCCACUGGUGAACGUUUUUCGGUGCCAGUGAUCGGCAAGCCUCAGCCACGAUGAGCUCUUUGGAGAAUGUGCAAUCGCUGCAGGACAAACUUCUCAUGCUCAACCUUUUGACAACAUCUCAACUCAGCAAGAGCCUCAGCGCAUUUGCAAGCCAACUGGACCCUCAAAAUGUUGUGCGGUUCUUCAAAUGCAUGGAAAGCUCUUGUGACUUUUGCACUGAUAAGGAAGACAACUUCAAGGAUCAUUUGCGUGUUCAUGUCGACCUUGCACACUGCACCUACUGCAAUGAGGUUGCUGUGAAUGAGCAACAGCUGGUUGAGCACAUGGUAACAGAACAUGGUUCUUGCAGAUUCCAGUGUGCAUUGUGCUUUUACAGGUCACAGACAGUGACUCACAUGCGAGUCCAUGGCAUAAUGGUGCACAGCUCCAAGGCUGUGUUCUGGUACAUGUGCAAGGAGAAGGCACCACUCAACCCUAAGCUCGCUGGCCAUGAAAAAGACCAUAUUGGUGGUUACAUGUGCAAGGACUGCAGCUUCAAGAGCCACUGCACGGAACGCUUUUUUGAACAUCUUGCAGUCAUUCAUUCAGGUUUUUUUACUAUUCCUUGUCAUGUUUGUUCUGCACAAAUGGACAGUCCAAACUCUCUCAUUGACCAUUAUACAGAAAUGCACAACAUACAUGCAUUUCACUGCCUUUAUUGUGACUUUGGGAGCCAAUUUGACUGGGAUGUGAUUGUCCAUGUGACCAUGUGCCAUCCAGCUAAACCUUUCAAGAUUUUCUGCCGUGGAAAGGAGCUGCCACCAUCCUUCAGGACACUGAAAGACCUAGAAAGGUCAAACAUAAACGAUGGCAUUCCUGCCAGUUUCAGCAGCCUUUCGCCACCUCACAGUCUCAAAGAUGAAUGGCAACAAAGUGCUCAAGACAAGAAACCCAAUCUCGACUUGGAUGUUGAUGUCAAAGUACCAGUUAAAAAUGAUGUGCUAAGGAAAUAUGGCAACACUGGAAAGGACGGGCUUAAAUCUGUAUUCGCUAUGUCAGAAACCAAAUGCAAAUGCAGUGCUAUUUUCAAUGAUGUUGCCAUGUUUUUUCAACACCUGACUGAGAAACAUGUGCUGGAACAUCGUUUUGACUGUCCCAAGUGUGUGCACCUAAAAUGUGCCUCUGUGGAUGAUUUGUUUGCACACUUUGUGGACUUGCACACUGCCUUUCUUCGUUGCUGCUACAAGAGCUGUGUCUUUCUUGGUGAGAGCCAGCAGGGUAUUGACGACCAUGUAAUACAAGUACACCAGCAUUUCGAUUUGCCCCAAGAGGAAGCCACAGAGGCUGAUCAUGAAGAAACUUACCCCCACACCGGAAGUGGCAUAGCAUGUCCGGAUUCUCUUGAGUGUACUGAAAAAAAAGAUGAGCACCUCCUAGAAAGGGGUGUUGUUUAUACUUGCAGCCUCUGUUGCCAGACUGAAAUGGAGCCAUUAGACUAUUUUCGACACAUGUCACUGGGUCAUGGCAUUAAGUUCUUCUGUGGUCAUUGCAAAAAGGGCUACAAACUGUGGAAACAGAUGAUGAUGCACCACAGCCGCUGUCACUCGGAGUUGGAGCUUUCAGUGAAGAGCUUUGAGAGAAACAAGGUGAAAGAUGUAACUUCAGAAUUGCAGUCGGACUGCAAUAAUGAAGGGCAGGGUGGAGUGGAGAACAAAUUGGCAAAAAGCAAGGAUAUAGAACUAAAGAUUGCCGGAAAUACAGCAAGAAGCAUAGUUGCCAUGAAGCCCUCCAAACGUGGCUUCAGGAUGACAGCGUCGAGGUCUGCAACAAGAAUUUAUCCUCGCAAGCGUCACAUUUCUUCGCUGUCGACAGCUUUGCAUUAUGCCCGCACUCACAAAAAAACUCUGCUCUCAUCGUCAGAGGGGUCCAAACAUGAUUUAGAUAAAUUCAGACUUCUGCAGCCAAUUCCUUUGGGGAAAAUUGAUGCCACCUGUAGUCAGCAAAAAAAAGACAAGGGUCAUUUAAGCUACUUCAUAGUUGGUCAACAAAAACAUCCUGAUGAGUUUAGGCAGACAGAUCAGACAAAGCCUGAAAACAACAGAAGUGCCAUUGUCUCUCCAUGUGCCAGUGGAUCAAGUGUUCCACAAAUGGAAGCCAGGAAAUCGCCUAUCACUGCCUCUGCCCACCACAGGAGAGGCCCAUCACAGGAAAAUGCGGAAAAGGCUCGACAACCCAGAAGCGAUUGCAAACCAUCCUUCUUUUGUGGCCAUUGCUUCAAAAGUUACAGAUUGUUGAAGCCUCUUAUAACACACCAAAAAAGUGUUCAUUGUGGACUGCCAUUUGCCAUUAGGAAAUUGCACAUGGAAAAGCUAGAAGACAUCACAAAUGAUGAUGUAGUCAAGAAGUACAGAGACAUGGCCACUACAAAAAAUGUCCAGCCAGGGGACUCAAUUUUAGUUGGGGAGGAGGUUUGUAAAGUGCCUAGCAGUGAUGACGCUGACGAUGCUGACUUUGAACAGAGCAGUUGUGAAAGUCAAAAAAGUCCCAGUCCCAAGGUAAAACAAAAAUGGCGGCGCAUUAAAUUAGCGUAUAGUGAAUCUGAGGAUGACGAAGCCUGUAGUGCCUCCCAACUUAGUAGUCGUGAAGGAUUUUCUUACUAUGGGAAACCAGUGGAACCUAUUGACUUUGAAAAUAUUUAUGUCCGAUUCUACGAUGGUGACUUUCGCAUUGUGUACUACCAGUUGGCAGGCAUUGUCAAUGUUUGUCCUAUUGUGCUGGUGCGCAAGGAAAUCAUAAUGUAAAUUUAACAUUUGCUGUCUUGGUUACAUCAUUGUGUUGAACAAAUCUCAUACUGUUUGUUGAAUGCUUGUCAUUUAUUCAACAUUCGAAUGUGUUGAAUUUAUUGCGCCACAGGCCAGCAAAAUGCAUAUGAAGUGCUGUUCCUAUUUUGUUGAGCACUUUGUGUUGUAGUCUUUACAACUAGAUAGCUUAGAUGCUGUCAGCAUGUUUGUGCAGUUUUAAAAUUAUUCAGUUAAUUUAAACAGCGAAUCCAGUUUGAUGCUGCAUUAUGUGGGUUUCUGUGUACAUGUUCAGGAAAGCAAUUGGAUGUACCCGUAAGGGCAUAUGCACUUCCAAAUGACUCCACUUUUUAAUUUACUGUAUACCAGUCACUGAGAAAUACUACUUUGAUUAGUGUGUAAUGUCAGCACGCUUCCAUAUGUGAAAAUUUGUGUUGCCCUUGUUGCUCCAGAUGUUGCACUCUGACAUACAUUUGAGUAUGAAAUAUACUGAAGGGUGUCAAUCUCUCUCAACUAUCCUGUGAACCCGCAUUCACUAUCCUUAUGAGUCAUGGAGGUCCCAAGCUCUUAGCUUUGAAUUCUCGAAUUAAGUAGCUCCAUAAGCCCACGUCGGAUGGUGUGUGUGUCUAGAUAUAUAUAUACACAUAUGUAUAUACAUUGCGUCGGAAGACGGACUUGCUGGUGUGGUUUCACACAGUAGUAGCCACAAGGGAACCUUGGGUGUCUCAGCAUGAGGAAAACAAAACUAUUCUUGCACUAUUAGCUGUCUGAGAAAUAGAGCAGCAGCUUUUCAUGAUCAAUGCAUGGAAUAUCGCCGGUGUGUGGCAUUUACCACAUUGCACACUGCAAGCAGUGUAUAUUGUAUAUUAAAGAUUUGUAUGAAAAAAGACCAAAACGCAUGUAUCAUGUCUUGGAAUGCUUGAGCUGUAAGAAGACAUCUGGUGUAAGUAGAGUUGCUGUUUUGGAAGUCUGUGAAGUUGCAGGCGAGGGAGACUGCAAAAAGAUGGGUAAUUCAUUUCUUCUUUGUAAAUUGCAAUCAAAACUGCACAAACUGGUUCUGAUGCUGCAAAAUAAAAAUGCAAGUCCCCUGAUGUCCCACACUUUAAUAGGUCAUUUGCUCGAAACACCACAAAAGUGAACAUGGUUUGUAAUUUAGAACGACAGAAAGCUGAGCUAGUUGGUAAGGAUUCAGUUGGUAAGGUUGUCCGCUCCUCUUGUGUCUGUGUCUGUACACCUUACCCCUUUUUGCAUUAUGGUUUAUAAACCCAUAAAGUUUUCUUUGAAACCUGUUCAAAUAUUAAUAUGGUGUGUGCCAUAUUUACGAAGGCGAAUCGGAAAGUCUUUGCACUUGGUUCUUUUCUUUUUUUAAUUCCAAAUUACUGCUGUAAAUGUGAAGUCAACAUAUCCACUCCCAGUGGUGAACCUUUAUUGAACCAGCCUGACCUUAUCUGCCAGUAGCUCUGCGGCACGGCACUGCUGUCAGUGUUAAAGAUAGUGGUUGUGCUUCACACGUCCAUGGCGUACGAGCAAUGAAGAGUGAUUAGUUUUCUAUGGGGCAAGGGACGAACGCUGAUCGAUGUGCACAGGGAAUUGCAGCCCACAUAUGGGGAAAGGUGUCUCACUUUAAGAAGUGUGAAGUGGUGGUAAUGCAAGUUCAUGUCACACAUUGAAGAGUUGCAUGACAAUGAGCGUUUGGGGAAACCGCAUGCAUUGCUGGCUGACAUUUCCCACGUGGAUGCAAUGGUGAAAGCAGGUCAGCAUGUGCACCUCAAGGACAUUUCCUGGGAGCUUCACAUUUCAAAUGAGUGUUCACGACAUUGUUCACGGGUCCUUAGGAUACCAGAAGGUUUCGUGUUGGUGGGGUGCCUAAGCAGUUUCAUGACAUGGUGAAAGGCAAGUGAAUGAUUGCUUCACUGAAUUAUCUGCAAUGGUAUGCCAAGGAGGGUGAAAGUUGCCUGGACUACAUCGUUACUGCCAAUGAAACAUGGAUACUACAUUUCACGCUGGAAUCGAAGCAGCAGAGCAUGGCGUGGAUACACUGUCACGUCUGGUGGCUGCCAUCAGGCAAAAACGCUGAAAAAUUCUCGAUGUGGACAAUGUGGUGAACUUCUAUGACAAUGCGAGGUCACUGUGGCAGUCAGAACUGCCGACAAACUCCGGUCACUUUAAUGGGAGAGUCUGGACCACCCACCAUACAGUACGGACCUCGCCCCUAGUGAUUUCCAUGUUUUCAUUCUGCUGAAGAAGUUCCUGGCAGAACAGCGUUAUUUAGUGCAACGAGGAAGCCAAGGCGGCAUUGGAACAGUGGUUUCACAGUCAGCCAGACAAAUUCGACCACAAAUUUAGUGCUGCAAUGGGACAAAAGUUUGAACCGAUGUGGGGACUACGUCGGAAAAUAGUGUAAGGUAUGUAGAAUAGUGCGUAUAUUUGUAAUUACCUGUAUGUACCUUGGCUAAUGGAAAAUAGGGGCAGAGUGAUUCGCCCUCGUAGAAGGAAAAGAAAGCACCCUAUUUGUUGGUUCAAAAGUAAAAAGAGCCUAGUUAAUGAAGAAGUGUCUUGCAAUGUCUUGUGCUGGUGUGGAAGCUAUACUGAUAAUUAUAAGUGGAUUCUCCUGUGCAAUGAGGUGGCAUGUGCCACUACACUCCAGUGCCUUAAUAUCCUCAUUCGUGUCCUAAAUUUAUUUACAAUCCUUCCUAAUUGCACUAUCACCAUCCUGCUGCCAUGUUCCAACUUACAUCUCUACUUCUGUAUGUGUCACGAAUUGUUCAAACUUCUCUUAUUUUCACUAUGCCAAUGUUUAUUCUCCCGUUGCUGUAAUUACACUUUUGACCUUCUGGAGAUUAACUCUUUCCCAGCAUGGGGAAAAUGGGUGUUUUUUGUAUGUCAUGCCAAAUUUUUUUUCUGUCGGAACUACUGCGCUCAAUAUUUUAUGUAAUACAUAAAUAAAAAGCAGAAUGAAUGCACUUUUCA